GAGAGGGAGGGAGAGAAAGAGAGAGAGAGAGAGAAAGAGAAGAGUAUGUAUAUGUGUGUAAGGCUGCGUGGAGAGCAGAUCGAGAUACAGUAGUAACCCAGAGUGAGGUGGCAGUCUUAUUCCACAUCGAUUUGCGCCCCCUGCGCACAUCUUGAUCUGAGUCCAUAUCUGUGCAGAGUGGAGGAGACGCAGCUCGGCAUGGCCUCCGGACGUGGCAGUGGACAGCCCGGGAUCUGAUCUGCUCCUUUCUUUGUGUGUGGAAAUUGGCCUGCACAAGGCGUUCAUCUCUGAGCGUAUUUCUGCUCUGCUGAGACUUCUGGGCUUGAAUAGCAACAAAAGGACGGGAGCGCGCAUUCAUGGGACGCGACUUUGACAGCUCUCCGUCUCUUCACUUAUAACUUUAUCAGCAGUCAGCAGGGACCAGAUUGCGUCUGGAGCCGGAGAUAAUGGCCGAGGCUCCGCUUGCCGACGCGCUCCCGGACUUGGACGUGGUCAUUGACCCGGACUUUGAGCCCCAGAAGCGGCCCCGGUCUUGCACCUGGCCGCUGCCGCGACCGGACUCCGGCGCGGAGAAACCGGAGAGCACCGAGGCGGAUAUCAUCCCCGAGGAGGAGGACGACGAGGAGGACAGCGCAACCCCCACGGCCACCACUGUCAACGGCUCCGCUGCGGCCGCGGAGGACCAGAACAGCAACAGCCCCGCUACCGACGGUCCGUUCCCCUCCCCCGGCCAGGACAGCGGAGGCUCCCCGCUCUCCACGCACUCGCCGACGGCCACCUCAGGCGCCUUGACUCCCAGCGGCUUGGCUGCAGCGCAGACCCCGAGGAAGGCAUCGUCCCGCCGCAACGCCUGGGGGAACCUGUCCUACGCGGACCUGAUCACCAAAGCCAUCGAGAGCUCACCAGAGAAGCGACUGACUCUGUCCCAGAUUUAUGACUGGAUGGUGAGAACCAUCCCCUACUUUAAAGACAAAGGCGACAGCAACAGCUCUGCAGGAUGGAAGAACUCCAUCCGGCACAACCUCUCCCUCCACAGUCGUUUCAUCCGUGUCCAGAAUGAGGGAACGGGAAAGAGUUCGUGGUGGAUGAUCAACCCAGAGGGAGGAAAGGGAGGCAAGGCUCCACGGCGCCGGGCCGUCUCCAUGGACAACAGCAACAAGUACACUAAGUCUGCCCGUGGCCGUGCCGCUGCUAAGAAGAAGGCUGCCCUGCAGGCUGCGGCUGCUGCGGCGGGGGAGGCCGGUGGAGACAGUCCGUCGGGUCCUUCCAAGUGGCCGGGAAGCCCAACGUCACGCAGCAGCGAAGAGCUGGAUGCCUGGACAGACUUCCGCUCCCGAACCAACUCUAACGCCAGCACGGUCAGCGAACACCUCUCACCGAUCUUGGCAAAUGCUGAGCUGGACGAGAUGCCCGACGAUGAGCCUUCUGUCUCGCAAAUGAUCUACUCCAGUCCCGGCGGGGCCUUGUCUCCUGGAAGCACCGUGACCAAUGGGAAGCCAACGCCUGCUGAGCUGCCCCGUCUGGCAGAUCUGGCGAAUACAAUGAACCUAAAUGAUGGACUCACACAAGAUCUGAUGGAUGAUCUGCUGGACAACAUCAAGCUGGUACCAACCACCUGCAGCCAGACCAUACCAAAUGGUUCCUCAGGCUUUGGUUUUGUGUCCAAACCCAACGGGAUAGGGUCACCGUCCUCCACUUCGUCUCCAUCCUCCAACAACUCCACUAACGGAGGUGGUAAUAGUUACAGUAACUCCAUCUUUAGCCCGUUCACACCAGGCUCCUCCCUGCGUCCGUCCCCCAUGCAGACCAUCCAGGAGAAUAAGCAAACGUCGUUUUCCACCACUGGCAUGUCUCGCUUUGGUAGCCCAACACUACAAGACCUUCUCAACGCUGACAGCCCCAAUCAUAGUGAUGUCAUGAUGACCCAGUCCGACCCAUUGAUGUCGCAGGCCAGUGCUGCUGCCAUCAUUUCUCAGAACUCCCGUCGAAACGUUAUGGUUCGUAAUGAUCCUGUUAUGACGUUUGGGACCACUGGUGGACUUCAGGGAAGCCACAGGGAGAUGCUGCAAACCAACAACCACAACCAGAGCACCCUGAGGUCUUUGAACGGAGACCUGAACCUCGCCAACGAGGCAAACACUUUGGCUAACGUCAAACAACAGCUCCUGCUGUCACCAAUUGGCGGCAACGGAAGCUCCUCCAUGCAGAUCGACACCUCGAUCUUUCUGAACGGCACAGUUAGCAGCAGCGGAGGCUGUCAGGACCGCUUCCCAACAGACCUGGACCUGGACAUGUUCAACGGUGGCAGCCUGGAGUGUGACAUGGAGUCCAUCAUUAGGAAUGACCUGAUGGAUGCAGAUGGUCUGGAUUUUAAUUUUGAGUCACUGGUCAACAUGAAUGGAGUCAGCAACUUCACAACCAAGCAGCCGUCCCAGAGCUGGGUGCCUGGCUGAGACGGGAAGAGCAGGUCUGACUUAUGUGGUGCAAGAGGAGAUCAGACAGAACCUCCCUUUUUUGCCAAACCAGCCAUCAGCACAAUGUAAAAUACAAACCCUGUGUUUACAGAAGUAGACUUCCUCUCACGAGCUUUACCUUCGCUCCCACACUGGUGAACCAUGAACGACCUGACAGACUUUAAAGAUGCUGUGUGACAGCCCCACAAAGCCUCCUGUGAAAGAAGAGACAAACUUUGUAAAAAAUAAAAAAAUAAAAAAUAAAAAAAAAGAAGAAAAACCCCAACCACAUCAAGCUUACUAACAAGUUAGAGUUAUGCAAUUUUCCGUCGGCGUCCAGUCAGGACGAACAGUGCUUGUCAGAUAUAUCUUCAGGUGGAAUUCGAAGACUUAAGGUUUGGUGAAGACAUUAGACGUCAUGGUGCAGUUGUUCCCACUGAAGACAACGUAAAAAGAAACAAAAUCAAGACAGGAUGUGGGAUGUUAUACGUGCAAAUCCAUCUGUUCUUAGUCGUCUUAUCUGUUCGCUGUUUUUUUUUUUGUUUUUUUUUUGGCGUUUCUCUGUCCUAUCAAACUAAGUUUCUGGAUCGGUCAUGUCUGUAUAAAAAUAAACAUAUAGAAAUACAAUUCCCGUAUUGGUGAAAUGAAGAGAAACGGAGGGUCUUACUGAGUGGUUGUGCAUACAGACCCUUCUACAGACAAACUGACACUUAGCAAAAAAAAAAAAAACCUCAGAAACCUUAGAAGUUGAAAUUCCUAAAGUUUAUAUCAUGCACUUACUGUUUUUGCUUGAAUUGAAAUAACUGAACAUACUAAUCAGCUAAAAGCGGCAUCCUAUGGUCCAUCCUUGUGUACACCAAAGUGUGCAUAAAAGAGGAGGAGAACAGAUCUAACAUGUCUUUUUGUUGUUGCGAUAGCUUCUGGGGAGCUCUGUUGAGCUUGUUUAUUGCAGCCCAUGAUGUAGCUAAUAUGAACACCUGUAUCCUAGCGUUGUGAACAUUUCCACGCCACUACAGGUGCUAUAUGAACAGUGUUGAAUCCUCUCCUGAGAGCAAGCUGCGUCUGUGGUUUUUUUUGUUUUUUGUUUUUUUUUUACCUGCUUUUUGUUUGGUUCCCGCUUUACCUUCGACCGGCAGGAUCCCAGAGCUGCGGCGACAUGUAGCGCAGCCAGAUCAAAAGAGACAGCAAGGUUUUUUUGUUUUUUUUUUCUUAGCCUCAUUCCUCUAGAAGCCACUUGGUUCUUGAGUAAAAAAAAAAAAAAAAACAAUAAUAAGCUAUUUCUGUAUUUUGCCAAAUUCACUUGAAACAAAUAGUAGGGUAUGCUGGCAGCCAAAUCGCAUGCGUUCACACACGCACAUGUAUACACACACACACACACACACACACACACACGCAUCCUUUACAUACAGAAAAAUCUAUAAGCAGGGAUCUGUGUUAAAGCUCUUCUCAUCAAACAGAUUGCAGGGCUUGUUAUGCAUACACACAAUCACUCAGGGGGGAAAGGGAGGCUUUCCAGUCACAUUCUAAAGGUAUUACAUUUAAAAAUUUCUUGAUAGUAAAACCUAAUACUUUGUGCUUGUGAACUUGUAACCUGUGAACCUUUUGGGUCGUUGAGAUGAAGCGUAGAAGGGAGGAUAAAUGUCAGGAUUAUUAAGUCACGCAUGUCUUGUUAUUUUAUUCCUUUUUGUUGCAGUUGUUCUCCUCAUGUUGAAAUUAGACACACACACACACACACACCUCCUCAUGGACACGCCUGGUGCUCCUGCAGGGGACUUCUCGUAUCUCCCGACUUACGUGUCGAUGCGUCUGUGCGUUUAUUUACCGUGUCAGUCUCAGUUUGGAUUUUUACUCGCGAGGACGUGUAAUAUCUUGUGGUGCAUACAGCACUGUCGGACUGUAUGCAUGUCCAUCUUUAUGCAUCAUGAACUGUGUGACAAAUGCAUAUAUUACUCGCUAUUUUGUCCUUAUAUACUCAUUUUAGUACUUGAUCCUUGGGUUUUUGUGAUACCUCUGUAGUUGAAGAAACAUGGAACAACGUUACGCGCCGGACAAGUGGGAACACUGUUACCAGCGAUUUUAACUGUUGAACCUUUAUUUUUUAUUUUAUUUUUUCCUUUCUUUAAAUGGUCGGAAGCACCAUUGUUGUAGCAUCUGGAAACCAUGAUACCCCUUUCCUCUUUUGGGGUAGUGACAUGAAGUGUAUUCCUUGCUUUGUAUAAUAGUGUACAGAUUUGUGUCUAUCACUUUGAAGCAGAUGAGUCGGUGUGCAUGGUUGGCAAGAAUAGCGGCUGUGCAAUCUGAGGUUUUUAAUGCAUGAUUCAACUCGACCCUUCCAGAUGUUCCGUCCCUUUAAGAAUUAUAAUCCUGAGAGGAAUUGCGUGCUGUUUAGCACCCAAACGCACGCUCUGUGGCUCAUUUUUCAAUUAGAAAUCAAGACUUGCAUUGGAACUCUUGCACUAUCAUUUACAUUUAACAGGUUUAUGUUCAAACUUGCUCUCUAAAGUGUACACUCCCCUGUUAGACUGGCAGGUUUUGAUGAUGGAGAAAAAAAAAAUAACACCAGGAUAAAUAAUUUCAAUCCAACUAUACAGUAAACAAAUCUGUUACAGCAAAAAGAAAAAAAAAAAGGUACUAUAAUCCGGUUGCAUUAACUAAUACUUUGUUGAAACGACCACAUUUUGAUUCGACAGCACUUGACGCCCUCGAUGUUGCGCAGGUCUCCUGUCCAAAGCCCUCUUCUGGUGACCCCGCAGAUGUCCGGUCAGAUGUGGUGCAGACCUCGGUCAUUUCUAAAAAAUUCACCAACAAAUUGGCCGAAUGCCAGGAAAAUCCUUUUUAGGACAGCUGAACUUUAUUUCAGUGAUGAAUUUGUCUGUUUUUGUACUGUACAGGAAAUGUGGGACAUUGCGUUUAGAAAAACGUAUGAUUUCUUUUUUUAAAGUCCAGUUUAUUUACAUUGCAAACACCUGAUAGCGUUAGAGCGCUCUUGAGAGCUGCUGUAAAUGCAUAUUCUCACACGCGCACAUGUAUGUCCAGGACGAGCCUCCUUGGAUAUUUCUCGUUUGACGUCCUGCCUGGUGCUCUCAUUAAGCAGCUAUUAAGAGCUUUAAUGUACUUAAAGCUGGAAUGUCCCAACACCUCAUUCUGUCCGACGUUUCCACAACACCACCAUCCGUCUUUGCAGGGAGAAUCUAGAUUAACCUGCUAAUCAUUCAAAAGUCAUCUGCACAGAUUAACGCUGACAAGGUGAAUCUCGGGAACGUCCUAAUCCGUCUUGUGUAAAGGUGGGUUAUUGAUCCCAGAUUAACUGCAUCUUAAUCCAGAAUAGGUGUUCCUGACAUGUUUUUACAGUUAGUGUAAAGAGCUUUAGCUCUGUACUAAGUUACAACAGAGCUUCCCAAUCAACGCAACCACUCAAUGGUCUGCUUCAUUCAAGCACAGCGCUCCGUUUGCAUAAACAUGUCACAUCAUGGGCUGGAGUAAAGCUAAUAUUACAAAAUAAUACCACUAGAUACCUUAAAGACCUCUGGGACAUCACCAUUUUUUUUAAUCAGACAUCACCAUUUUUUAAUCAUUCUCAUCUUAUUAAAAAACCUGGGACAGCUUUGUCUUUCCAUACACACCUCUGAACCUUGCCCUUUAUUAAUCUUGCUUCUUCUCAGCUCAAUGUUAGUGGGUAUUUUACCUGUGUAUUCUCUUUUUUUUUUUCGAAUUGUAAUCUACUUUGUAUAAGAAAUGGUGCGCAUGUAAAUAAAGCUCAGUGAGGCUCCGCA